GAGUGCGUGAUCAUCAAUGGCAUUCCGGUCCGUUCUCCACGAUCCCGUCAACCGUUUCCCCCCCAUCCCGAUCCAAGCUCCUGCGCCACAAACCACCCCUUGCACAGGACGGCAUACACGUGGUGGGGAGGCUACACCAAUAGCCGAUUGUUUCUCUUGGACGCCUCUUUCCGCCCUUUUCGUCCUCUCUAAAGCUCGUUCAGGAGGACGAAAGAAGGAAACAUCCACGCCAAGAUCUCGCAUUUGCCUCGUCGUCAUCUACUCGGGACCGGCGCGGCGCCACAGGGGAAAAACCUCGUGUUAUGCAUACGCGGCCUUGCUUUCAGCACAUCUUCGGCUCUCGCAAGCCACACCAGCCUCUCUCUCCCUCUCCCUCUCUCUGUCGAACGGGCAAGCCUGGGCUUCACACAUGCUGAUUUGCCUUCCGUUCCCGCCGCUUGGAGCCAACACUUGGCCCGAACUGGUAGAUCUCGGUCCAGAAUAAGACGAGGACAAGUCCUGACUGGCGAGGCGGGACCGCCGCAUCGACCCGAAUAGUAUCCUUGCGGACCCUGCCUACUCAGCUGGUGUCAAUGACGACGGUCUUUCUCUAGAAAACAACUCGGAUACAGGGAAACCCGAUUCCUACCUAGGACAACCAGCCGACGGAAACCACGACGAUUGUUAAUAUCCGUUGCCCCGUUGCAAAGUUGCAACAAUUGCUGGCCUGUCUCGGACGGCAGAAACCCGAACCAGCGCGUGCGCGAGUCCGACGCCGUCGCCUGCGGCCUGAAGGCGUCUUUGAUUGCUCUGAGGAUGGGAUUUGCCAUCACGCUCAGCGUGUCUAGCCUCGACAUUGUCAUGAUUGGUGGGACUAUGUGUCCUCACUGCUAGCUGGCGAACCAAAAGACCAGAUGGUAAAGGCCUCUGCACUGGUGCCAUCUGCACAGUAUAUGCAAGAUGCAUUACAAUUUUAGAACCGAAGAGGCACCGCUGGACAGCCAGGACGGACGGAUGUUGGAGCCGCAGCCCUGCCAAGUUGGCGCCAAGUUGUGCCAGCAAUGCAAAGAAGACGAGGUGCAUCUCAACUUUUGUACGGGGCUGGGGUUGUUAUUGGUUCGAACAAUCAUCGCACCGCUCCAGUCUGGUGACUUGUCCUUCUUCGGGGACUGGGUUAUACGAGCACGGAGAUCGAGACCUCGGUGGCUUCUGCAGCUUCUACUCGACCAUUUCGAUUUCAGAGUCCUGUCCAAUCCAGGAUGACAUCAGUGUUCCAACACUUUUGGUCCAGACGGGGACGAAAAACAUAGUCAGUCCACCUCGCCUACCAAAGAGGUUGGCGUGUGGAGAGGAGUGGAGGAUGGAUGCUGACAGCGCCAGAGAGAAUGGAGCCUUUUCUUGUUUUGUUUCGUGGGCCAAGCAUCAAAGGUCCCGCGACUGCCUGGGGAUGACAACGGAAGUCGAAAAGAAGGUUGUCGAUCAACACGAGCAUGGCGCUGGUGGGGAGACGAGACCGAGAGAAAGCCAUUGUCGCACUCGAGGUAGAACGCAAGUCAAGCCGCCAAACGGGUACCAGUUUCAAGACGGAAUUCUAAAAUCGGAACUGGACGGUGUUUUGUCGGAGGCCAGCAACUUUAAUGUGGUAUUUGACAUCUGGAAAACGAACUCCACGACCUCUUGCUGGACUCGGCGGAAACACAAACACUGCUCGAUUCGGGUCAUCAGCUUCGUCUCCCUUGAUUGAC